GACCGUGUAUGUGUCAGUCUCCCCUCCUGGGCCAUGCGAGCUGGGCCCCGAAAGCGCAUCUACUUCGACCCGGCGCGGGUCAGUGCGGCCGUAGUCACGUGUGGUCACAUCUGCCCGGGAGUCAACGAUGUAGUACAGGCCAUCGUGCACCGGCUGACCGACUACGGGGUUCCCGAGGGGCAGGUGCUGGGGAUCUGUGACGGCUUCAAGGGCUUCGACCCGCGGCACCCCGCCAAGCCGCGGCCCCUCAGCCGCCACGCGGUGGAGGGAGCGCACCUUCGAGGGGGCUCGCUGCUGGGGACAUCAAAGGGCUGGGCGGACAUUGACGCGGUGGUGGCCAAGAUUGCGAUGUGGGACAUCAACGCCUUGUUCGUCGUGGGGGGAGACGGGGGCCUCCGGGCGGCGCAGCUGAUUUCGGAGCAAUGUCGGGCCCGCGAGCUGCCCUGCUGUGUGGUGGGAGUGCCCAAGUCCAUUGAGAACGACAUCCUGCUGGUGGACCGGACGUUCGGAUUCGAGACCGCGGUGCAGGAGGUGCAGCGACCGCUGCUGGCGGCAAAGGUGGAGGCCAGCAGCAUCCGGGGCGGGAUCGGGCUGGUCAAGGUGAUGGGCCGGCACUCGGGUUUCCUGGCCAUGCAGGCCUCCCUGGCAAGUGGAGUGGUGGACGUUUGUCUUAUCCCAGAGGUAAGGUGGCGGUGA